AAUAAUUCAGAGAUUUUCCACAGAAACUCCAGUUUCUUGACUGGAUGUGGAUGAAUUCUGAGGCAAAAGGGAGAGUUUUCCUGAAAGGAAGGAGAUUGGUGUGCACAUAGCCUGUGCUGUGUUCCCUUCCUAGAGGUCUCAAACCUGGUGUGUGCAUAAUUAAGACUUCACAGACCUAGGAGGCCCCCCAAAAAAGAGUGAUUACAUCAGUGCUGUCCCCUGUAGAUCCAAGGAAGAGCUUUAUGGUACAAAACUAAGGAAAUGUCCAGAGUAACACAGAGAGCUCCUGUGUCUCCAGAGCACCUUCCACUGUCAGCAGGCCACAGCUGUGCAUUCGACAAGGCCAGCUGGCUCCCAGAAGGCAGAGUGUUCAGCAACGUCCAGAGAGAGAAGAUCAUCUCUAAGUUUCUCAAAAGAAGCGUUCUGAAAAGAGUGUUUGGCUCGCAGCAGCUGAGGUGGGAGGGCCUCAACUCCCAGAGAGAGGACUCCAGCUCCACCGGUCCUAGCACCACGAUGAAGGCUGGAGUCCAGCCAGAGCCCACCGAGCUGUUCGCCCAGCAAGAGGAGGAGCCCGUGCCCUGGGCUGGAGACCAGGAAGACGACAAAGACGACAACAACAACGACGAGGACGACGACGACACGUGGGCCUUCGAGGCGGACGAGACCUUAAGAGAACAGAAGAACAGCUCCAAGAAAAUGGGAAGAAAAAGCAAUGAGAGCUGCAGCAGCAGCCUGCAUGUGUCAAGCAUCUCUCGGGAGAAUCACUCUCAGUGGAACAUGGAUGCAGAAGAACUCUUUGAUGAAAAAGAAACCUUCUCCUCUGAAAAUGAUGGGGCAGCAGGUGGCAAAACUAACAAGAGCCAUCUGGAAAAUCCGGCAGAACAGCUGAUAUUGCAGCUGACCGUAUCAGAACAUGCUCACAGUAGAUCACAGAACAGUAAUCAAGGGGUAUUUAAGCUAUGGAGUUCUCCUGUUAAUAAAGGAAGUACUGUAGAUAAAAGAGAAUUCAAAAACUCUUCAGUGGAAACUGGCUUCAAUGCAGCCAACAGUCCCAGGCUCUUCAGUGUAAACCACUUAUUAGCAAGUAUUCCGGGUUUGACAGAUAGCAAGCAAGUCAUUCUUUAUCCUGGUCAGUCAAUGCCAGCAGGUCUUUGCUGGCCUUAUGCCGAUGGAGACUUUCUUAAGGAUAGAAAUGAGUUUCAUAUUAACUCGUGUUCAACUAUGGAAAACAACAAUGGUGACUCUUUAUCUGCUUCAAAUUGGAAUUUCAAAUACAGAAACAGCAGUGUGGAAGAAAAUGUUACAGACGAGAGUGACUUGUCCGAAAACGAGAAAAUGAAUGACUCUCUGCUGAGCUACUUUAAAAAGAUGGACCUGAACUUAAAGCCGGAAACGAUAGAACACGUGGAGAGAGCUUUCCCAGAGGAAGCAGGCCAAGUGCCUGUAUAUGCCGACUUUCUCCCUGCCCCUUUCAACACUCUGGACCUACACAGAUUUGCCUUCUCCAAAUGUGAAAGCUGGAAGGCGGCAGUGGAGCCUCCAGAAAGUUCCAUUGAGCGUUUGAUACUUCGUUUGUUGGAACUGGAAAGAUUACAGCAUAUGACCAUACAGAGAGAGAGGCCAAGGCUGCAAAGCACUUUCUAUAGCUCCAUGCUUUCAAUGGCAGAACGACCCUCUUCCUCUAAAGCUAUCAUACUGAAAGCCAAGGCGCCAAAGAUUCCUGAAACGUCGACUCUCCAGACCUCUGGCGUAGAUAAAAAUCGAGACAAGAGAAAAAACAACUCUGGCUCUGGUAAGCCAGAACAAAAUGUUUCCAAAUGGAGUUUGAGCAGUGCUGGCAAAAGUAAGUCGAACUCUAGAGCACUGCUAAAAUAUUCAUCCACUGCAAAGCACUGUGCUGUGGCUCAUGAUGACCUAAAGAAUUCCAAGAACUCCAGUUUAAACCCUUGCCAGGAACCCCCACUCAAGUCUACUACUACUACCCAAGCAACUCAACCAAUGGCUAGAGUGGUCUCAACAAGAUGCCUCCCACCGAGGUCCCCAAUGCCAGUUUCCCCUAUACCCCUGUCCUUCCCCGAAAAUCCAAGGGAAGAAGGUAAAGUGCCAAGGACCAAAAAGAAAUGUCACCGAAAAAGCAUACUGCUGAAUAGAGCUUUCUAUAUUCAGAAGCAAAACUGCUUAUCACCUUCACUGAUAGCCAGGGGCAAGUGCUCACCCACUGACCAAAAAUAGCUUUCAGACAUCUCAAUGUGAGUGAAUCUAUUCCACAAAACCCAGCUAAAAUAUGGUUCAUCAUUGAGACACAGGUAUUAGAAACAAAAACCUUGAUAUGACAUGGGUAGAACUCAUGAAUGUCACUGCUGACUCUAUACAGUCAAGGCCUUCCUCACUGACUCUGACAAUCUUUUGUAUGUUAUGUCUCACUUAGUAAAGCAAACUAUUCAGAAGACUGUUUUUUUUUUUUUUUUUGUGAUUGUCUCCCAAUGAUUCCAUCAUCAAUAAAUAGUAUAACUG